AUGAUGUUGGUGCUUUAUUUAGCAACAUUAACUCAUGAAAUAAAUUGCGAAAGUGUAAACACAAUGCUUGAAUUUCAUGUGCCAAUAUCAUUAACAUGCACAGAAAUAACAGAACAAUCCUAUUCUGUCUCAUUGAGUUAUGGAUCUGGAUAUGGAUAUAAUAAUUAUAUUUAUAAUGCCACUAUUUCGGAUUCAAACACUUUAACUUUCAUAGUUACGGAUGAAAAACCAUUUACAUAUCUAAAAGUAAAAGAUCCUAAUAAUAGAUAUUAUGCAGUAUCAUCUGUUGUCUUUAAGUCAAAUCCUGCCAUAGAAAAAUUUGAAUAUCCUAGCAGUAGAGAAUAUUAUGCUGGAAGAUGGAACGAAAUUCAAAUUAACACAAUAUUUGAUCAACAUUAUUAUGGAAAAGGAGAAAAUAGUUACAGUAUUGCAAUUUCUCAAGAUCCAAAUGAAACUGAGGAUAUAUUUCAAGAAAACUCACUUUUAUACACUUUUAGAAGUAAUGAAAUGUAUUUUUACAUUCCAAUCAACAUUCAGGAAGGAAAUUAUUACAUCAUCCUUCAGUUUCUAUAUAAAGAUAUAAAUGAAGUUACCAAAAAAUCAAAUUUAUAUAAAUCAAGAGAUUCAAUCUUAGUAAAGCAAUCGAUUAGUAAUAAUCAAUUAUCUGUGGAAUUACAACAAGAUUCACGAGUAUUGAGUAGAAGAACAACUACAUUUUUACAAUAUGAAGCUUAUCCAGCAGUGCCUUUUGCUAAAAUUAUGUAUAAAGCGGGUGAAUUCUCAACGGAUCUAUCAUUGUAUUCUGAAUUUGCGGAGAUUGUUUCUAUUAAUGAAGCUGAUAACUAUAUAUAUGGUCCAGUUGUAAAGCCUGACAUUUUACAUAAGAUUACAUUUGUAUUGAUUGAUACUAAGAAUCUUCAAAUUUUGAAUCAGACAGAAAUCGAUAAUCUAACUAUUCUUCCGGAAUUUGAAAUUGAAAGUUAUACAAUUGAUAAUCCAAAGGAUCCAUAUGGUUAUUACUUUUUGCAACCAAAAGAUGUUAUGACCGGAACAAUUACAUUCAAAUAUCAAACUAUUAAAGAAUAUAUUGAAUUUUAUAAAAGGGAUAUUAAAGGCACAUUAACUGAAAUCCCGGGUGAAAGCCAAAAAUUCAAGUUCUCUAUUAACGUAGAAGUAUCUUACGGUUCAUUUCAACGAUUCUUUUUAACUUUUGAUCAGAAAUCUGAUCGGGCUGAAAUCGAAAUUAUGCUUAGAUACAUGGAAAUGAAUAUCAAUAUUAAUCACUACUUGCCAGUAUCAGGUAUUAUUGGUGGAGACAUAUAUAUUCAUUCAAACCUCAAUAGACUGCAUGAAGUGAAAACAGUUGCAAAAUUUGGUGAAUAUGAUUCAACAAUUUCAUCAUAUAAUUUUGAAAUUGACUCAAGAGAAGGUAAAAACGAAAUUUCAUUUGAUUUUGGAAAUAAGAUCACAUACAAUACAGAUGAACCAUUUCCAACAAAACUAACAUUUGUUUUAAUUGUUAAUGAUGUCAUUGCAGUUCAUAAAACAGCCGAUUUUUUAAUUUUGACACCUCCAAAUAUUGAAUCAAUUACGGACUCAAGCACUACACAUGAAUACACAACGAAUUCUAGAAUGGUAUUGAAUAUUAAGAGAAUAAAGGCAGUUGCAAUGGAAGAUUCAACAAUAAAAUUCCAAUUCGUUAAUCAAGAUACUAAUAUAAUGUCAAAUCCUACAAUUACUGAUACCAAUAAACCAAUAAAAGUCCCCAGCACUGAAAAUAAUUUCACAAUUUUGAUCCCAAUUGCAAACAAUAUUGAACUUGGGCAGAAGAAUUUAUUAGUUAAAAUAGUAGAUCCAACUGGUCAAGAAUCAUCACUCUUCACAAUUCCUGUAACAAUCACACAAGGAAGACAAGUUACAGAAAGUUCAAUAUCAUGCCGUAAGACACAAGAUAUGAUACCUGAUAACAGUGAACAAAUGUUCAAAUGCAAUAUCGAUAACAUUGAAUCAAAUCCUGUUUACUAUAAAGCAAAAAUCGGUACAUAUGUUUCAAGUUCAAGUUAUUCACAAUUUAAUAUCGAUAUUCGUAUAGAACCAAUUGGAAAUGAAAACGAAUUCAAUGUUUAUGUCAAAAUUCCUGAGCAAAAAGAGGAGAAAACAUCAAUUUCAUUUGCAAUGAUUACUUCCAAUGAUAACACGGUCAUCAAAUACUCCGAUAUAACUGAUAUAAAGAUUGCAUCGGCACCUAAAAUAAAAAUUCCUUCAAAUUAUCCAUAUUUUGAAAAAAAUUCAUUAGCACAAUUUGAAUUCUACUUGGAUUAUAUUUGUGACUACCAAUCAAUGAAAGUCCAAUAUAAUGAUCGUGCAAUUAAUAGUGAAUUUCAAGAUGUAAUUUCAAUAUCUCCAUUAAAACAAAUCAAUAGAUAUGGUGAUACUUAUAAUGCAUUUACCGUAACAGUUAAUGUGCAACAAUUGUAA